AAUUUAUAUGACAAACCCAAUGAGUGAACUAAUGAAAAGUUACUGACUCGAAUUACGGUGAAAGGAAAUUUAUGGCACAAAAGAAUGGAUUAUUUGAUAGGAGAUUAGAUAUAUUGUAAUUACCAGUACUCUAAUGGAGGGAAUUGUUGGCGGUUAAAAACUGCAGAGGGAGACCAGGUCUUGACUACAGUAAACAGGAUGGUUAUAGGUUGCAGCAGUAGUGCAGAUAUAAAGCAGCACAGGACAGAGUAGUGGGAGAGCUAGCUACAGCAAAGUUGUCUUUGGACUGAAGACCAACAAAUAAUCAGAACCUUCUUGCAAAAAGAUAAGUUCAGGGGAUGAGAAUUCUGAGAUGUUAAAGUUUAUUCACUGAGAAACCAUUUACAAUUUACUAGUGUGCCUCAUUCUUGAUUUCAUAUAUCUUAUUUGGUGUUUCACAAAGUUGAAAUGAAAGAAGCUUUUGGAUCUUCACAGAAAAGCUGAACAUUAUAUGGUAUGUAUGUUUGUUCUGGUUGAGUGCAUUACAAAUGGUAUAAACUAAACACAAAAUAUAUGCUAAUUCUUAGCAUAUUCUUUACUAGAACCAAGCUUACUGUAAACCUCACGAAGGUGUACCAUAAAAGUGAGAUUGUUUUCACUUCUUGCAUAAUGAAUAUUUGCCCUAAACGGCAUAAGUAGACUUAAAACUCAAAAAAUGUGGUACAAUCUCGGACAACCGCCUAUCUUUUUUCCAUUCUCCAGCCGUUAAUACGGACUGAUUAACACAUACGAGGUUGAUGUACCGUCCGACGUUCAGUGCAUAGUUGAUUACCGAUAAUAGAUGUACAAAAGUAAUGUAGAGCUGGCCACUCUUCUGAAGCAAAUGUCUCGGUUCAUGUAAUUAAUCCAUUCCAUACCGUAACGUUAAUGUAAAUAAUUUGGUGUAAAUCACUUCUAAGUAUUUGGUGACCUUGAAUUCAGAACAGGGCCUACUUCUGUACUUGACAGGAACAUAACGCUACUACCGUCUGCUCUCGAGGUGUGGUUAUGGACGAAUGUAGACACUAGACAGGACCUACUGCGGUAGCUGUUCCAGAGUUUGUGUGACAGUGUGGAUAAUAAAAAAUCCGACUUCAUGCCAGGCACGUUUAUGCGAUAGCUGAAAACUAUAAAUUUUCGGGAAUACUUUGAAAGUUGAAUACAGUAUGCAAGGCUGUACACAACCUACACGUCUGUAAAUUAGGAAUUGAUUUUCACUAGUCAUUUCCGUCAUCAUUUCAGAUAUUUAGUGUUGGAAAUUUGGCAUCGUUUCCCUUAAUUGCCAAAUUAUUGGAAUAAUUAUUUUUGCUACGAAUUUACGGGUGAGAAAUGCUUUCGGGAUGGAAUCAUCAGCUUCUAGUUCUAUUUAUGAAUAUGAACCGCGUAGUGAAACAGAUAAUGACAGAUGGCUACCGCCGUCGCAAGUGAAGGGGACGGUGGCUAAAGAUUGAAUCUUAGUACACAAAACCCGUUCCUUUUCUCCCUCGUGGCAUUAAUUGUUGAUGAAUAUGAGAGCAUGGUUAAGCAGAGGACACUGUAAAUUAAAACGAAAUUCUAUUAGAUAGUUUUGGUUAUUGUUCCAUAGGAAACUGCAAAUAUGGCAUCAUCAGAAUCCAGUUCUCAAGAAGCGACUGUGGAAGAACUGAAAGAAGAAAUUGCUCGACUUAGCCGUGAACUGGAUCAGGCGAGUAGCGAGAACAUACAGUCUGCACAGUAUGGACUGGUACUUUUGGAGGAAAAAAGUGCGCUUCAACAAAAGUGCGACGAACUUGAAACACUAUAUGAAAAUGCAAAACAUGAACUUGAAAUCACUCAAGAGGCACUUGCAAAAUUUCAAACAACUCAUAAAGUAACAACAAAAAGUGGCAUAGAGCAGGAAGAAUCACUUCUUUAUGAAUCAGCUGCCCGUGAAACGUCACUAAAUUCUCAAAUACUGGAUCUGGAAAAUGAGACAAAGCAGCUCCGUCAAGAACUUGAGCGAGUCGUGAAUGAGAGAGACAGAAUAAUGCAGGAAAAUAGUAACCUGGAUAAAAAUAAAGAACUUGCAGACCUAGAAAGAAGGAAAUUGAGAGCUGAAGUGAGGGAGCUAAAGUCGCGGGAAACCAGUUUGCUGACAGAUUAUUCAGAACUCGAGGAGGAAAACAUUAGCUUGCAAAAGCAAGUUUCAAUGCUCAAAUCAUCACAGGUGGAAUUUGAAGGUGCCAAACAUGAACUCCGUAGACUGCAGGAAGACUUAGAAUUGCUUCACCAGCAAGUUGAUGAGUUAACAAAACUGAAAGAAAUUGCUGAGAAGCAAAUGGAAGAGGCUUUGCAGUCUCUACAGGCAGAACGUGAAGCAAAAUAUGCAUUGAAGAAGGAAUUGGACAAACACAUCAAUAAUGAAUCCAUGUAUAACCUGAGUAAUUUAGCAUUUAGCAUUAGAGGUAUUACCGAUGACCACACUGUUGGCAGUGAUGGGGAGGAUGAUCUUCCCGUACUGAGGCGCAUUGAGGCUGAUCUGAAGAGUGAUUCUGUUGCGGAUAUUAGUUCUCCUGAUGACAGACAAGUGGACCUCUUCAGUGAGAUUCAUCUCAAUGAACUCAAAAAGCUUGAGAAGCAACUGGAACAAGCAGAGACAGAGAAACAACAACUGACACAAAACCUAAAGGACUCACAAGCCCAUGUUGAGAAGAGAGAUGGAGAGCUCAAAGCCUUUGUAGCAAGACUUGUACAACUUGCAGCACAUGUGGAUUCAUUGCAGCAUCUAAGACAGAAGGCUGAAGAUCAAUUUGGCAUCAAUGUUCAGGAUUCAGCAAUUGACAAGUUGGUACUGAUUGUUAAUCAGUAUCAGCAGUGGUUUUUAUUAGCUUCCCAUGAAAUUGAACAGUUGCGCAGUGAUUUGCAAGAGCUGGAGAAGGGUCUAAAUUGCAGUGAUGCUACACUGCAACUUAGAACAGAAGUUACGAAUCUCAAAAAUAAGUUGUUAGAUGCUGAGCAGCGAACCCAGGAACUUCAGACUGAUGUACGACUUCUUGGAGAGUUGGCAUCUGAAGCUGGUUCCUCAUUAGACUCAGCUCAGAAUGAUCUCCAAGCAGUGUCAGAUGAGCUUGCACAACUUUAUCAUCAUGUUUGCACUGUCAAUGGAGAGACACCAAGCAGAGUGUUGCUGGACCAUGAGAAGAAAGGGGGUGCUUCGGCCAGUGGGGUUACAAAUAGUGAAGGUGACGCAAGCAAAGAAGACUAUGCUAUGUCAAAGAUAGAGGUUCUGCGUAGCCGUUUGAAAACUGAUGUCCCUCUCAAAGACCUAGAGAGCUUAAAUGAAGCAACAGGAUUGGUAAAACAUAUUGCAACCAUUUCAGAUCAGAUUAAGCAUUUGCGUUCAGCAGUUGAAAAUACUAUAGAGCUUUCAAAAAUGAAAGGAAUGCAUGGAGGCCUUUCAGAAGCAUCAACAAAUGAUUCAAAGGAAGCUGAGCUUGCAGACCUUCAGGAGCAGGUUAUUAAACUGAAAUCUCUACUCUCAACAAAACGUGAGCAGAUAGCAACUCUGAGAAGUGUACUCAAAUCUAACAAGAACACUGCAGAAGUUGCCCUCACAAAUCUCAAGUCUAAAUAUGAAACAGAAAAGGCGAUUGUUAGUGAAACAAUGAUGAAGUUAAGGAAUGAACUGCGCUUACUGAAGGAAGAUGCAGCUACUUUCUCAAGUUUACGUGCAAUGUUUGCUGCUCGCUGUGAAGAGUAUGUGACCCAAGUGGAUGACUUACAUUCUCAGUUAGCGGCUGCAGAGGAAGAAAAGAAAACUCUAAAUCAGCUCUUACGGUUAGCUGUGCAGCAGAAACUUGCACUUACGCAACGCCUUGAGGAACUAGAGGUUGACCGUGAGAUGAGAAAUGCUCGAAGACACCUUCAUACGCAUACAACUCCAGGCAUAGGGGGUGGGGGCCGAGGUGGCAGCAAACCUAGGUUUCCUCAGCCAGGGAGCAGAUCACACUCAAGUAGUGGAGGUCGAGACCAUUUCUAGCCCCGCCUCCGACAUGGCUUUGGCGGUCGUCUACGCCUUUUUACCUGUGUCCUUGCACUUGCUGGGAGCUCUUCCGUGUGGUGAACUCUACACACAUUUCAGUCCAGAUUACAAACAUCGCUAUGGAUGUGGCUUUUACGUUGGCUGUGGCAGUGUCCUCAUAUUUCCUGUAUAGUGUGAACUAGGCAUGUCAUAUGCUAACAUUGCAGUUUUAGAGUGGUACGUGUUAUCAGCAAGAAUUCUUGUGGUACUAAAUAUUAGUUAGCUGAUAAGUAUUUAACAAUUGUUUUCGUAAUUAGUUGACAGCCAACAUGUACACUUCUUACCAUCUUCUGAAUCCAGGUGUAAUGGUUUUACAUUAUAAAUAGGAAGAAUUAAACUCAUCAGUGAAAUUUCUGUGUGGAGUACAACAUUUGAUAAGGCAUCAGUGCAAUCUAAUUUCAUGACCAUGAGUCUGCAAAACCUAGGUAGUUGGUGUAACUGACAUCAAGUUCAUAUUGAGAAUACCAAUUUGUGUUGAAUUACCCUGGGCAGUUUUAAAAUGCCCAUAUAUGCAAACCACCAUUGGAUCGAUCUUGCAGAUAUGAUUUUGGGUAGUACAUAGUUCAAAGAAACGUGACUACAAGGAUUUUCCUCUUAAUUUCUUGUUUGUAUGGAUGAAGUUAUUUAUGUAUUUACUUGCUGGUUGUCUUAAUAAUGGCUUCCGCUAAGCAGCUCAACUUAUUGCACAAACCACUUUCACACCAAAUGUUUCCUUACAGUAUAAUAUUGAUCUGCAGCAACUGGAAGAUAAUGUGAUUUUAUAUGAGGCAAAUUCUUUCUAGCCGUUGCAGUGAAUCUUUACCUAUCUAUCUCAUAUCCCCCGCUCCCCAAACCUGACUUUGGCACAUGUUCUAGUGGCUUUGCAUUUUGUCUGUUCAUCCAUUGUUUGAUUCAUCCAUAUUAUUUAUUUCUUUGAAAAUAUGUUACGGACUCUCUUUUCAAUGGUGGUUUCUAAACAUGCCAAAAUAAACGUACCCUUCCAUUCAAUUGCUGUAAAUAUUGAAGCUGUUGUAUACAUAAAUUUGUUGAUCAUGAAAUCCUUGUAUAGAAUCUGUUAGUGUAUUGUACAUGAGCAUUCCUUGUAAAUACUCAUACUGUGUGCUGUCUUAACUGUUUAUUUGUUUUAUUGUGUCAGUACUUGUGGUAACAACGUAAAAUGUGCUAGUUCCCCGGAACCGUAAAAAUAGUAAGAUAUAUUGCAGAAUUUUUUUCUGCAUGUGCUAGAAAUGGAAGAACAUAGAAAAAUAGGGAAGAAUGUCUUAAAAACUAGUAUAUCCUCUUUUUAAUUGUACAUUGCCUAUAAAGAAAACACAUGGUUCAAAAAUGGAUUACUGUGUUCCUGUGACUAUUAUUUUUCAAUUUUUAAAUGUGUCUCAUUCAUUCCUUUCUUGAUGGUAGUAAUAUGAUGUUACUUACUGAUGACUAUAUUUUGUGCAGCCAUUAACAACAUUCUUGUUGCUCUUUACACGGGAGAAAAUCAAUAUUAUUAUAAAACAUUGGAGGAUGUGUAUUACUGCAGUUAUAAACUAAAACAACGGGCCAACGUGGAUGGUGUAUGGUUACUACAGUUAUGACAAAAUUUAUCAGUUUUGUUGUUCUUUUUCAAGACUUUUCAUUUAUCUUGUUAAAAACCGUUUUGUGAGUUUUAUCCAGUCAGCUAUCCUAAAACAAAUAGGAAUUUAAAAAGAUCGUGGAAGUGUAAUACCGUCUCUAUAAUGAUACCAAUAUCAAUGGCAUGUUAAAUUCUAGAACUAAUAGUGUUAUUAAGCCUCCAGAUUUUAUACUGAUUUUGUUUGUUUCCAUGUCAUACAUUGAAUAUGCACAAGACCAAACAAGAGACUAUAAAUAACGACACAGUGCUGAUCCAUUUUUAACUGAUUUUUUUCGUUCAUCCAAAUAUUGCCUUUUUUGGGACUACUCAUUUGCAAGCUUCUGUCUGUUGCCAUAUUCCAUUUGUAUUUUAAAUUAUGGCGAAACUAUAGUGCCAGGGGCAAAUGCUUUGACUUUUUAGGGAUAUCAUUAACACCCUCACCCCUUCAGCCCUCCCUGUUCACAGUGGAUUUGUAAUGUAGCCUUCAAUUAUUUGUGGGGGACUGAAUGUAACAUGUUCUGUACAAGAAAUAAUAUUUGUUUCCGUAAUGACUGAUUAGUAUAGAAAUUCAGUAUCAGCUAUUUAAUAUAUAUGUAACAAGUGAAACAAAUGGUUAAAAUUUGGAUGCCAUACAUAGAGGCAGCAGAAAUAUGAUGCUGGUAUGAUCUAUAUUAAUAUUUUUUCCUGCAAAUUGAACAGAUUUUAAUAUGAUGCUUGUAUGUCUACUGUUUUAAUCCAGAUAAAAGUUUGUCACUACUUAGAAAGCAGUGCCAGAAUUAUAAAGAAAAGCUAUCAUAAAAAUGCUUUUUAAAACAAAAAUACUUAGGCAGAAAAUGUUCAUUUGUUGCCAUGGAAAUAGUGCAGAUACUUAAUCGUACAAUAUAAAGUAUGAGAUGGCGAAUGCAUUCAUUGCUAUCUAAUGCCAUUAAAAGAAGGGGGUGGGGGCAAAAUAUUGGUCAGUGAAACUGACUGCUUUUACUUACUUUCUUGCAGUAUUUUUUGUCAAAUUAUACUUUAGAAAAUGUAAUAAUGUCCAAUGUUUACUGUAAGAUGAGCAGAUAUGUUUGAGCAUUUUAAUGUAGUUUCAUUGUAGUGGGAUGUGGUAGAGUGUUUCUGUAUACUUCUCACUUGCAUAAUAGUUUAGCAAAACUUGGUUCUUUGGAACCUUGAGGGUGUAUUUUUGUCAUUUUUAUUAUCAUUAUUAGACAUUAUGUGGUUAAUUUGUAAGUUUUAUCAUAACAUUUGUGAUUAAAUUAAUGAAUUGAUGUGAAGCUGAUUAAAAACUAGUCCUGAAUCGUACUUGAAGCAGCUGUUUUGCUCGGAUAUUGUAUAGUGUUUAUCAAGAAAUUUGUACCAAUUACUGUUGUGAAGAAAUUGUAUUUUAUGAUGUCAGUUAUUUUGACUCUGGGGCUCCCAUUUUAAUAUACUUGAAUGGUUGUGUUUUAUGUAUUUUAUGCAUAUGGUGCACAUAUGUGUAUCCAAUUGCUGUUGUACAAUGAUAAAAGGACAAGGAUAGUGCAGAGGCAGCCAAAUUUGACAAUUGUUGUGAAGGUCUUUCGAGUUUUGACCUUUAUCUACCCAUCUGUUCUGUUCCGAUAGUCCAUCUUUCAAAGAGCCAGUCAUUAUGUGCUGUAUAUGUCCGAGCCAUGCGGAACAGUACAGUCCGUCCCCUUAUAGGAUAGACACUUUACAAAAAAUUGUCCAUCUCUCUCUCUCUCUCUCUCUCUCUCUCUCUCUCUCUCUCUCUCUGUGUGUGUGUGUGUGUGUGUGUGUGUGUGUGUGUGUGUGCGUGUGUGUGCGUGUGCGUGCGUGCGCGUGCGUGCGCGUGCGUGCGUGCGUGCGAGAGUGCAUGCGCACACACAUACAUUUCCACAUAUGUAUGUGUGAACCUGAUAGCGCAGUGUGCACAUAUGGAAGGGUGUUGGUGCAUGUGGGGCUAUGAGAGACAAUGUUAGUACUUUCGGUGCAGCAUUUAGUUGCAGAACGUUUCUGUAAUCAUUUUGAUGACUUUCUAGCUAUUGAAUAACGAUUAAAUAUUUUAAGAUUCUGAUAUUUGUAUUUGUCUUUUGUAUUAUAAUUUUAUGUGUAAAUUAUCCAUAUCGUACACUUCGUUAUUAAUUUAUAAAUAACUUAAAAUUUUCUGCUGUACUCUGAGGCGAAAAGCUAAUGUAUACAAGAAGAGAUGGUAUUGGUUAUUGUGUGGUUUCCCAUAUUACAAACCCGUACGUGAUUUGAUUCAGUCAAUGUACCUUAGAAUCUAAUAAUUGUAACUUAAAUCGAAUUUUUACUGUUCAAGUGCAGGAUUUAAAGAGCAUUUCGUAUCUUGCUAAGUGCAGUGCUUAAAGACUGAUUCAUAGUUGUGUGCAGUAACCCUGUAUUAAUUACUACACAGUUUUUACCUGAUUUUGGAAAUGAUUCUUCAUAAUAGUGUUACAGGAAUUGUUAAACCAUUCCAAAAAUGUUGUUUUCUUUGGAGUUUAUUUAACAGAUAGCUUACACAAAAUUAAUGGUGGCAGCAAAUUGUAUCUUAUUAUUUAUUGUUAUUAAUUGACUGUGGUAUGAGUGCAUAUUAUUUGUAAUGUUUUUAAUAUUGUGUACUUGGUACAAAAGAAAUGUUUUGUUAUUUUAUUGUUGAUGUUUUAACCAUAAAUAUAUAUAUAUUAAUAAUCAUUUUCUUCUUUUUGGAAGCAAAUUUCUCAAAAAUGUGAGUAUAUGCAUAUAUAGUAUACGUGUAGCUCAGAGGGAGAAUGUAUAUGGUAUUUUUCUUCUGAAAGCCAACCGAAAGAAAAGAAUUGUUCAAACUCAGUGAAAAACUUCCAUUAUAUUUUCUUGUUGGGAGGAGGUGGACAUGGGCAUUGGACUUGUAUUUUUCUCUACACACCAAUUGGUUAUCUCAUUUUUGUGACAUACAGUGUAAUAAAGAUGCCCAAUAGAAGAUCUACAGAAUUCAUUAGACUUUUGACAGUUCUGAUGUCUUCUCUUUUUGUUAAACUGCUGUGCAGUUUAUUAAUUUUUAUAUAAUGUCUCUAGAGCAGAUCACACAGUCCAUUGAUCUGUUGUAAAAAAUGACCAAUAUCAGGUUAAACCUGCCAGUUUAUUGAAAUUGUAUUAUGAAAUCAAAAAUAGAUAUAAACUUUUCAUUAAACAAAAAGUUUUUGUGUUCAUUUUUACCUGCACUUCUUCAUUACACCUGAAUUGCAAUAAAAUGUUUAUAGGAAGCAGUAUGUUUCUACUAGAUACUUUGAUGCUUCCAUACUCUCUUCCCAUAAUUAUAUGGUGCUCAUAAAAAUGAAACAUUGUUGUGAUUCAAGAGACAUUUGUCAUCUUGCAGAAUUUUAUUGUUAUGUACUACAUAAUUUUAUCUCAUAAAUCCAGGUCACUGGCUAUAAUACUCUGACAAUGUGGCAUCUUUGGAGAGCACUAAUGUUAGUUUUGUGAAAUUUAUGUCAUUGACACCUUUCCACAAAUAAUCAGACCCACAGAUAUCUGUAAAUGAGAAUGUACUAUAAAACAUUUUUCCACCUGUUGUGUCCUCCUUUUCAUUAUCACAUUACAGUUCAUAUAUGCAUUGAGUUUUUCCUCUCAGAUUUCCUGAAUAGAUGCUAAGAAGUAGAUUUAUGGCAAUAAAUUAAUUUAUUUCUUUUAGAUACUCGUUGCUGGAGCAGUGUGUGGCUUCUGAGAGAAGUAAAUUUUUUUUCUCCA